UCUCAGAUCCUUAACCUCACACAUCAAUCCUUAAACUCACAAGUCUAGCCCCAAAAGAAGAAAAAGCACCAUGAGAUCUAUCUCUGCAAUAUUCAGCAUCAUCUUCUUCUCUUUUCUCCUGUUCGUCAGCCUCAGCUAUGCAAGAAAAGACGUGGGAGAUUAUUGGAAGAACGUGAUGCAGAAUCAACCUGUGCCGGAAGCCAUUAAAGACCUGGUUGUAAAGGAUUCUCCAUCAUCAGAACUCUCAGAAGCAGAAAAUAACAAGAAGGAUCGCUUCGUUAGGGACUUUGAUAUAAAACCAAAUGUUAUAAUAUAUCACUCCCAUGAUGUGCCUGAAAAGACUAAGCCCUCUGUCAAGAACCUUGACUUAACUGGCAACAAGGGUUGAUUUGAGGGCAAAAAGAAACACUAUAUAUAUAUAUAUAUAUAUAUUAUAUGCUAAGUAAUUUGAUAAUAUCUCAGCUGGAUGAUGACGUUUGUAUCGCUGAGAGAUGAAGUAUAUUGAGUGUCUUGUAUUGAAAAUGAGAUGUAACAAGCAUAUUAAUGUUAUAAAUCUGUGAUUCAGAAUCUCUCUUGCA